GUCAGCUGGGCCUGGCAUAAAAGCCCCUUGGCCUGCCUCCAUUCUGCUUUCGAAACCCUUGCAAGGAUGGCGACCAAGGUGGAGAUCCGCAUCAAUGGCCACCCCCCGGGGGCACUGGCCGGGGCCAGGGAGCACCUGCUGGCGGCCACCAGGGACUACAUCUCCCAUCCCAGGCUCACUUACUGGACCGUCUGCGGAGUGAACGGACCGCUGGUGGUGCUGGACAAUGUUAAGUUUGCCCAAUAUGCCGAGAUCGUCAACUUCACUCUUCCGAACGGGACGCAGCGGAGCGGCCAGGUGCUGGAGGUGGCCGGGUCAAAGGCCAUUGUCCAGGUGUUUGAGGGCACCUCUGGCAUCGAUGCGCAGAAGACCUCUUGCGAGUUCACGGGGGACAUCCUCCGCACCCCCGUCUCCGAGGACAUGCUGG